AGGUGCAGUUGAUAUGAAUCUGGCUGGGAGUCCCAAAGACUCAGAACUGAACAUAGACGUUCAUAUCGACCUAACACAGUUUUAGUUUUUAUUUCAUUUUUGUCUCAUAUUAUUUUUUUUAUACAUUAGCUGUAUAUUUGUGUAUAUAGAUAUUAUUUUAUAUUUUUAUACAAGUCAACAAGAUGGAACUUAAUUCUCUUUUAAUUCUCCUGGAGGCUGCAGAAUACUUGGAAAGAAGAGACAGAGAAGCAGAACAUGGUUACGCGUCUGUUUUACCGUACAAUAGCGACUUUUCCCGAAAGAAAACGAAAGCUUCACCAAUUUCAAGAAAAACUCAGAACAAUAGAUCGUCACACAACGAGCUGGAGAAACACAGACGUGCCAAACUACGGCUGUACCUUGAGCAGCUGAAGGAGCUGGUUCCUUUGGGUCCGGACAGCACUAGACACACCACACUGAGCCUGCUGAAAAGGGCCAAGAUGCACAUCAAGAAGCUGGAGGAGGCGGACAGAAAGGCUCUGAACACCAAAGAGCAGCUCCAGAGAGAGCACCGCUACCUCAAACGACGUCUGGAACAGCUGGUGAUGCCUGGAGGCGUGGAACGUACCCGAACCGACAGCCUAGGCUCCACCAUCUCCACCGACUCAGAGCAAGAGGUGGACAUUGAAGGAAUGGAGUCCCCCCUGGGCGAGGGUGAGCUUGGCGAGGGCGAGGGGGACAGCGUGGACGAGAGCAUCAGUGACGACGGCCUCCUGGACGGCGAGGAGGAGGAGGACUACAACCUGCAGAGCAGCUCCAGCGACGCCAGCUACACACAGCAUUCCUCACACAGACUGCAGCCGCACCACUGCUAGGGGCCACCAGGGGGCCCCUGAGGGCCACACCUCCAAUCAGCCCUCUAUGACCCCAGCCCCGCGUACCCUCCUAUUCCCUUCCUACCCCCCCUAACAUUGCCCCAGCACGCACCCCCUCCAGCCCACGCCACGUGGUCAUCAGCCACCCCCCCAGCAAACAGCGGCUGUGGUCUCCCCCUCCCCAAUGUCCCCAUUGGCGCUUAUUCCCUGGAACCAGGAAGUAGACUGUAGACGUUCCUGUCGUGGCUGACUUCCUGACUUUUUCCUGUCCUAACCCCUACACCACACCCUACCUCACCCCUAUCCUAUCACCCCUUAUCCCGCUUAUCUUGCCUAACCUGACCCCUAGACCUCCCUCACCUCUACCUGUUGUGGCUGCAGGCUCGGAUAUAGCAGAGCAGUUUGUGGUUUUGUUGGGGACCUCUGUGGUGUGGUGGCAGACAGCUUUGACUUGUCAAUGGGAACUCAGCGUGUGUGUUUAACUCUGUGUGUGUGUGUGUGUUUAACUCUGUGUGUGUGUGUGUGUGUGUGUGUGUGUGUGCGUGCGUGCGUGCGGUAUAGGAUAGAGCAUUAGCUGGGGACAAACUUCAACUCUGUCAUUUGAAUGAGGCACAAUUUCUGAUGGAGAAAAAAAUAACAUUCUAUUGGAGUGUUCUAUUGGAGUGUUCUAUUGGAAUGUUCUAUUGGAGUGUUCUAUUGGAAUGUUCUAUUUGAACAUAUCUCUUGUUAAUCUGCAAACCCCAAUCAAUGUUACCAAAUGUACUGGACAUUAGGGUCAAUAUUUCUAAGGGCAGCACAUUGAUAUCUCUCCCUCUGGCUGAGUUCCUUAACCACUACUCCACACUACUGAACACGACACUAGAAGUGGGUCUGAAAUGGCACCCUAUUCCCUAUAUGGUGCAAGUGUCUGAAAUGGCACCCUAUUCCCUAAAUAUUCACACACGGUGCAUCCUCAGAAUCGAAAACCAUACUUUACUUUUCAGUAGCAUAUUGAUGUAGCAAUAAAACACGGGAAGAUACUGCUUUCUCAAGCAUUUAAGCGAUUCUGGUGGGUCAAUUUUGUCCCAAAAUGGCAGCAUGAUUGCCCUCUUUUACUAAGUUAUAGAGGACAACUGGGCAUUUUGGAGGGGAAGACAGUGGAUCAGCAGGAUCAGGCUAACCAUUCUGUUAUUCACUAAUAUAUCCAUUUAUUACCCUGCUGUCAUCAGUCUAUUCCUAGCUCCAACAGUUCUAGAUGUGUGUAUGUGUAUGUGUGUGUGUAUGUAUGCAGGCGUGCAUGCGUAAGUGUGUGUGUGUAUGUAUGCAGGCGUGCAUGCGUAAGUGUGUGUGUGUGUGUGUGUGUGUGUGUAUGCAGGCGUGCAUGCGUAAGUGUGUGUGUGCACGGUCGGUACACAUUGACAAGUCAAAGUUGUAGAAGUGCAUAAGAAUAAAAAGCCAGCUCUAAUGAUCAGCUCUCUGUAGAGGAAUAGGUAUUGCAUCAAAACUAAUCAUAACAAUGCUUUCAUUUCUCUAACUCAAAGGUAGAUUAGUGUAUUUUCUCUGCUAUAUCUGUUAGCUAGAUACUACUUCUGAAGCUUUGGGGACAUUGUAAAAGACCAAUGUAAUGUAUUCUUAGAAAUGUACAGCACUGUCUCCAAAGCCAUGCACACUAGUAUAAAAUAUUGACGGAAGAGGCAUAUCUUUGGCCUUCUGAACAUUUAACCGUUUAGGCCUGAGUUUCUCUCGUAAUCCUUAGAGCUUGGCAUUCCAACACUUCAAAAAGGGCCAGUCCACGACUUGGCAGGUCUGACCAAAAAGGGCCAGUCCAUGACUUGGCAGGUCUGACCAAAAAGGGCCAGUCCACGACUUGGCAGGUCUGACCAAAAAAAGAACAAACAAAAAAAAAUCACAAAAGACUUAGAAAAACGUUGCAUUGAAAAAAAACAGCUAUCGGUCACUGAAAGUGAUACUGUAGUCUAUAUUUUCUAUUCUAUUUUCCUAAAUGUUCUCGUUUAACGAAAAGACAAAAAAGAAGAGUAUAUCUAUAUAAAUAUAUGACAGGCAGACAGACAGAAGGCCAGGCUAGUUGAAGGUAGAGAGAGUGUAGAACAGGGAAGCUAGGAACCUGGUUGCCCCCUUCUCUAGAUCUCUCCCCAAUGUCAUUCUGUGCCUUGGUGAGCCUUGGUGACUGUUGUCGUGUGCCCCCCUCCCUCCUCCUCCCUCCAUCCCUACUCAGGUCUUGACCCUGCUACACACUCCCCCAGCUCCACCCCCUUGCCCCCCAGCUCCACCCCUUUUCGGAGUAGAUGAACACUUUGUUUUAACCCCUUCCACCCCAAGCCAAAUGGUAAAUCUGUCUCCUCCCUGAGUGAAGAAGGGGCACGUGAAGAACUGAUUUUAGCCCCUUUUGCCUCCAUCGAGUACUCCUCAAGGUGUACCCCUGGUGCGGUUGCCAGGUACGCCCUACCCACUUGACGCCUGCCUGCCACGCCGCUUAAAGUCAACACUGACCAUACUGGUAACUCCCGAUGGCAGCUUCCAUUCACUCGCCCUGGCUGGUCAUUAUUGGGGUUCAAUCAGUCAACCUGAUUAGGGGUUUAAACUGCUUAUUUUGUUGUUGUGGCAGCCAUUUUGUUUUAGCUCUGUUUAUGAAAUGCACUUGUUUUUGAACAGGAAACCAUUGGGUGAGGAGAAGGGAGGAGAAAUCCAAUCAAUGAAGGCAGCUCGUGGUGUUCUCCUCCCUCCCUCCUCCCGGUGGCACCUUCCCUACUCUACUCUACUACCAUAGUUUUACCGUGACCCUGGUGGUCAUGGGGCGUCUCGAGACACAGCAAUAUGACCAUCUUGUGCUUUUUAAAGAGGAAGUGGGCGGUUGGUUGGUAGGCAGGCUUGGGUUUUAAAUUAAGAAGAAAUAGCCAGGUUCGUGCUUCGACUCUGUGGUUCAUUUUGUGACCAACAAUGUUAACAUUUCUGUUGAUGGAUUUGACCUCUGAACUCUCUCCAUACACUGAAGGAGGGCGAAAAGAAAGUAACCGAGAAAGAGACAGUUCUUGAGUUUACAUUCAUGUCAAGGACCUACGACUGUUAGGAGCACAGAUGUACUACUCUUUCAGUUUGCUUUUGAAAUGAACAACUGAGUCAAACUUGUCAAAUGAAAACUAAAUAUUGUCUUGCACAGAACCUCCCAUCAGCUAAUGUGAGGCAAUGAUUAAGUAAACGGAAACACACCUGGGCCAGGUAUGAGAUUUCUCAUGUUCAGCGACAUCAUUUUAUAAUGCACAUAGCGCACGUUCAGAAAGAGUGAGUGGUUGGAGGGCGGGUGUAUUAGCAGAGGAGGAUACUGAUUCAGAUACUGAAUGUAGGAGCAAAAGAAGUUGAAAAGACGUUAAGCAGACGUCUUUUUGGUUGAAAAAUGUAUAUUUUGUGUUGAAAAUGACUUUUUUGGUUGAAAAGACGUGGCCUUUUCAAAGCCUUGCGCUCACUAGGUUUCAGGGAAUAAGACUGCUGGAUGGUGGUUAUGGAAUUUCUUUCAAUGAUGUGCCUUGAAAAUAACUUUGUUUUCUUUUAACCAGAGAGAUUGUACUUAAAGUGUGACAGAGAUUGUCGAGCAAAUCACUUGGCGACAGGCAUUGAACACUAAAUGUGUUGAUUUGUGAAUGAGUUUGGAAACGCCUGGGGAAAGUAUGGGUUGAAAGAUGUGUGUUCGACUCUCAACCCUUUCACAAUGCAAAAACAACAUUAUUGUAAAAGUAAUCGAUGGUGCUGUCCAACAACUUUCCUUUAAACGUCAGAGCGGGGGGGGGGGUUGACACACUUAUCAAUGUGUUGACUUUUGUCGAAGCCGAGAGGUGGUUGAUCCCUGCUUUAAAAAUCAUCUAGUCUGAAAUUUAUCCAAGUGUGUUUGAUUUUUCUUUUCAAAGCACAAAAGCACAGCAAAAUGAUGAUUGAGUCUGUCUGCCAGGCUAUUGCUGCCAAGGGAGUCAGCAGGAGGGUGGGAGGGAGAGAUUGGGGUGAAAUAAGGUUGAGGCUCAGACCAAACAAGUGAAGCCUGUAUAGAGGCAAGGGGAAAGUCAACAGACUUAUACACUCAAACCUGGGUUCAAAUAGUAUUGUGAAAUCUCUGAAAACACUUUAGCUGUGUUUGAUUGUGGCUGUCUGCCUGUUUUUAAUGGAAUGGGCCCAAAAGAGCAAAUCCCACCCAUUUGGCUGGCAGGCAGACUUAACAAGCAAAGUAUUUGAAAUCUUCCUAUUUGAGCUCAGGUCUGACAGUUACUUUCAGAGACAAAUAGAACCCAUUCCUGUCCUCUGUCCUCUCCAAGUGCAGCUCUAUGAACAAACAAUCGAAUAAUGCCGUAACAAAAACCCGAUUCCUGCCAAAUAACUAGUCACUUUGAUUUCCUUUCCACCCCCUUGCGGACAGUCAUCAGACACCUAUGGAAUCCCAUCUUAAAUCAGCUUUAAUAGCAACAUGAAAUGUAGAUUUUAGUCCCAAAUGUAUCAUUGUCUCUCUUUUUAAUCCCUCUAACCCGUUACUGUCCUUUCUGUUUCUUUCUGUGUGACAUUGCUAGAGCACCGUCUGAAGAUAGGAAUGAUUUCUUUCCUCUUUUAUGUUAUGAGUUCUGCGAUCGUUCUCUUGUUGUCGUCGAGUUGGCAUGAGAGAACUCUUAGUCCCGAGGGUGUUGUGUGUCUCGUUGAUAGACAGUUUAGGGGCCUCGGAACUUUGGCCAGAGGGGGGGGGGGCUGGUUGAGAUUAGGUUCAGAGGGAGGGAGAGGAUGAAGGGGGCUGAGGGAGCUUGGCAUCGUAGUCGGGCAAAACACUGAGUAGGGAGAGUUCUGUGCCAGAGACCUGUGAAUAUGUUCCUUUAAUAGCAGAUGUUGUAAUAUGCUUUCAAAAGAUGUGCUAUAUUAUAUAAAUUCCUAUGUAUGGAUACAUGAGUUUACCUGGUGCUGGAUAACAUUUUGGCACACACUUGAAGGUAUUACGGUGUAUUCUUUAAUUGUAAUAUAAUUAAAAAAAUGUUUUUUACA